AUGUCCGAAAGCGGCGAAUCGAAGCCUGAAAACGCUUUAGGCGUUGAAAACGGUGCGGAAAACAGCCCUAUAGCUCCAAAAGCGGUCUCAAACGAUGAUGUUGCAGUGAACGCCCAAGUUGGUGAAAAGGUCAACGAAAGUGGACCAGAAGAGCUUGAAACCGGUACUAAUAGUAGUAAACCCGGUGAAACGAACGACACGGCUGUUUCAGGCGAUGAACAGGAAACUGGUGGGCUCAAAAGACCUCGUGAAAACUCCACUACCAUUGAAAACAACAAUCAAGGUCAGCCAGACUCUCAAUCCGUUGAUCAACAGGGGAAAGAUAGUGCGGAAAACAGCUCUACUGAAGCCAAAAAAACCGAAGAUGGUGAGAAAAAUAACAACGAAGAAGGGGAAGACGACGAAGAUGAAAACGAUGACGAUGAAGACGAUGACGAGGAAGACGAUGACGAGGCAGGUCCCAGGAAAAAGCAGCGUCAAGAACGCAACCGAUUUCUCGAUAUCGAAGCUGAAGUCAGUGACGAUGACGAGGAUGAAGAGGACGAAGAGGAGUCUGAGCUUGUACGUGAAGGUUUCAUCACACGUGGCGACGAAGAAGAAGAAGACGAAGCGGCUGGACCUGAACGCGGAGAUCGUCUUCAUCGUCAACUAGAUCAGAACCUCAACAAAAGCUCAGAAGAAGAUGCCCAAAAACUGGCUAAGGAACUCAGAGAGCGUUACGGCAGAAGUAGCUCUAAGCAAUAUAGGGCCGCCGCCCAAGACGGAUACGUUCCUCAAAGAUUUCUGCUUCCCAGUGUGGAUACUGCCACUAUUUGGGGUGUGAGAUGUAGACCUGGUAGGGAAAAAGAUAUCGUAAGAAAGCUUCUCAAAAAGAAGUUCAAUCUCGACAAAUCGAUGGGGAAUAAAAAGCUGAAGAUCUUGUCCAUUUUUCAAAGAGAUAACUAUACGGGAAGAAUCUACAUCGAAGCUCCCAAACAGUCGGUCAUCGAGAAAUUUACUGCAGCUGUUCCAGAUAUCUAUCCAUCACAAAAGCUUUUGAUUCCGGUACAAGAACUACCCUUGCUAUUGAAGCCUGAUAAGUCCGACGACGUGAGGCUAGAGGAAGGAAGCUACGUGAGAAUAAAGAGAGGAAUUUACAAGGGCGAUCUUGCAGUCGUCGACCAAAUUAGUGAGAAUAAUUUAGAGGUGCUCCUCAAAAUUGUUCCACGUCUAGAUUAUGGUAAGAAUGACGAAGUAGAUGCUGACACUAAUGCGCGUAAGCAAAAGCGACCCACAUUUGCACAAAGGCCACCCCCACAGCUUUUCAAUCCUACUAUGGCUUUGAGAAUGGAUCAAGCGAAUCUUUACAAAAGAGACGACAGGCAUUUCACCUACAGAAACGACGAUUACGUUGAUGGGUACCUGUUUAAAUCCUUUAGAAUACAGUACCUUGAGACCAAAAGCAUUCAGCCAUCUGUGGAGGAGCUCGCAAGGUUCGGCAGUAAAGAAGGUGAGUUAGAUUUAACUACUAUCUCACAAACGAUAAGAAAAGCACAGGCGGCGAGAGUUACAUUCCAAAUUGGCGACAGAGUCGAAGUUUUGGGAGGUGAACAGAAAGGAUCAAAGGGUUUUGUCACCAGAACUGCAACAGAUAUCAUUGCUGUCAACUUACCCCAGCUGGGUAUGAAGGCACUAGAGUUUCCAAUUUCCUCAUUGCGGAAAAUUUUCGAGGCCGGUGACCAUGUAACUGUUGUUGGAGGUGAUCACCAAGGUGAUGCAGGAUUGGUACUUGCUGUUAAAAACGGUCAAGUCACUUUCGUGUCCGAUCAAACAAGAGCGAACCUCACCAUUUCAGCCAACAAUUUGAGCAAAUCUAUGGAUUCCACGCCAACUUCGAGCGAAUAUGCCUUACAUGACAUUGUUGAACUCAGUGCCAAGAAUGUUGCUUGUGUUAUUCAAGCCGGUCAUGAUAUUUUCAAGAUUCUCGACGACACUGGAAAAGUGUCGACAAUAACAAAAGGUUCCAUCCUGAAUAAAAUCAACACGCAGCGUUCAAGACUAACGACCGUGGAUAAUAAGGGCAAUGAAAUUAAGAUUGGCGAUACCGUGGUAGAGAAAGUGGGUGCACGCAGAGAAGGUCAAGUGCUGUACAUUCAAACGCAACAGAUUUUCAUUGUCUCUAAAAAAAUCAAUGAAAAUGCCGGUGUAUUCGUUGUCAAUCCGAUGAACGUCGAAGCUGUGGCAUCUAAAGAUAGUGUCAUUGCAGGAGUAGGGACAAUCGAUUUGUCCAAGAUGAACCCGGACGUUGUGUCUAAAAUGCGUCCACCUCAGCAGUCCGGAGAGCAGUCGCGAGUGGGGCGUGAUGUUGCCUUGGGCAAAACUGUCAGAGUCCGUUCGGCUGGCUACAAAGGACAGUUGGGUAUCGUGAGGGAUGUUAGUGGUGAUAAGGCCACAAUCGAACUACACUCCAAAAGCAAGCACAUCACUGUAGAUAAGAGAAAGCUGAUGUUUUACAACAAAGAAGGUGGAGAAGGUAUCACGUAUGAUGAUCUCGUUAACAGGCGCGGUAGAACUCCAAGCAAUAGGAUUGGUCCAAGUUAUGUCAGCGCGCCCAGAACCAUGGCUACCGGUGGCGUCCCCGUUGGAGCUGGCCGUGCCAGCGCUACUGGUGUGUCUGGAGGAAUGACACCUGGCUGGAAUGCUUUUGAUGGUGGUAAAACGCCUGCUGUGAAUUCAGGAGGUGCUGGCGGUGCCUCUGCAUGGGGCGGUGCCUCAACCUGGGGUGGCCAAGGCGGAUCAUCUACCUGGGGCGGUCAGGGUGGUUCCGGUGGCGGUGGAGCCUCCGCUUGGGGUGGCACCGGUGCCACUUCAACUUGGGGAGGUGCAUCUACGUGGGGCAAUAAGUCUAGUUGGGGUGGAGCUUCUACCUGGGCAUCUGGAGGUGAAAAUGGUGCUCAAUCGACCUGGGGAGGAGACAAAUCCACACAUGGCGCCGGCUCUGUCUGGGGCGGUCGCGAUGGUGGUACAUCUACUUGGGGUGGUGGCACUGCUCGUGAGGGAGGAAACUCUACCUGGGGCAAAGAUGCAAGUGGUAACAAAUCUGCUUGGGGAGAUCAAGGCAACGCCUCAUCGUACGGUGGGGGAAGUACUUGGGGCGGCCGGUAG